AUGGAUGGCAUUCCCGGCUACGAUCCUGUCAACCUCCAGCCAUGGUGCGUCGAGGUGAUCGCUUCCAUGACCGUCUUGGCUACGGUUGCAGUGGGCUUGCGUAUGUUUAGCAGGUACCUGAAGAGUCAGAAGCUGUGGUGGGAUGACUAUUUGAUCAUCUUUUCUCUGUUAUGGAACUAUCUCGUCGUCGGCUUCAUAUUCGCCAUGUACGCAUGCGGAAUGGGCAUCCACGCGGAUAAAGUACCUAUGGACAACAUCGUGCUGAUGGCCAAGUUUCUCCUGGUUGCCGAGAUCCUCUACGUUUACAACCUCGUCUGGACCAAGCUUAGCCUGCUCCUCAUGUACUAUCGCAUCUUCCACAUUCCCUUCUUCAAGAAGAUGGCCUAUGGUCUCGGUGGUCUCAUUGUGGCAUGGGUUAUCUGCAUCACAUUUCUCUUCAUCUUCAUCUGCGUACCAGUUCAGAAGCUCUGGUACCAAGACCUUCCCGGACACUGCAUCAACCAGGUCGGCACCUGGAUCGCCAACGCUGCCUCGACCAUCUUCACGGACCUUGCCAUCUUGUUCCUUCCCAUUCCGCAAGUUUGGAAGCUCAACUUGGGGAAGCCAGAGAAGAUUGCCAUCACGCUAGCAUUCAGUCUUGGUUUCUUCGUCGUCUUCACGUCUGCCUACCGAUUCUCCGUUCUCUUCUCGUACAGCAACAGCGACCCCACUUACACACUGGCCCCGACAGUCGGCUGGACCGCGAUCGAGAUUUCUGCGGGCAUUGUCUCAGCAUGCCUCCCUUGCAUGCGCCCAGCCAUGCAGGCGCUCUUCCGCCUCCUCGGCCUCGACAUCAAGAUGAACACUGUCUUCCACCGCAGCAGGGGAACCGGUCAAGCAUCCAACCUCGUGAGCAAACAGACGAUUGGCGGGACAACUCAGAACGACGAAGGGGUCAAUACAAUGAAGAAGUCGAGUGCAGGGGCCUUUCACCGGCUGAAGGAUGAGGGUAGUCGCACGUCGAGCGACUCGCAGUCGGGAGGCUUUGAGGGGCGCCUGCGGCCAGACCAAAACAACAGAUACGUGGUCAAUACAGUGUCUACUGGAAAGGGGGAUGGCGAUAGUCUGAGCGGAGACGAGAUUCCGCUGCACAGCAUUCGCGUUCACACCGACUUCAAGCACACAUCCGGGCCGCGGUCCUGA